AUGGUCAAUGGAUUUCCGUGGAAAAGACUGGCCAACAAAGUGUCUUUGUCCCGCAGUGGUGUUCUCAAUGAAUGUGCUCGCAGAGCUGCCAAGAGGGCCAAUGAACAAGGGCCCUCGGAGCCACCAGUGGAACCCCCAUCCAAAAAAAGUAAAAAACAGGGAAGAAAGUCUUCGAAGCCUUCACGAAAGCGUGCGCAACCAGCCGGGGAGCCAGAAAGUGAUCCAAAAAAGGCCAAAACUGACAAGAACAAUCAGCUCAGGGGGCAGAAUUUCAAGGGUGCCUUACUCACCAUCAGCAAAAAAAUGGAGAUUCUGAAGCGCUAUCAAGAGCUGGCAGAGACAACCAAGCAUCCUGAGAAGGCUUGGUUCGGGUUGAGGUUUGUGGAAUACCUACUUCCCGACAAAAACGGAGCAGUAUCAAAGUGGAGAAAGAGCUGCCAAGCUUACAAGUGGGAUGUGAUCAUGGAAAAGUGUCCCGCUAUCGCUGCGAAGAUCGAUGAAGUUCCAAACUGGUUGCGUGAACGUUUGAACAUCCACACCUCAAAGGGGUACCACAGCAAGAUUCCAAAGGAGGUUACCGACAUUGCUGACAGCAUCUUGCAACAUGCAACAAAACAGGGCUACGAGUUGAACAUGAUCAGUGUGGAGCAGUUGAUUGACGACUGCGUCAGUGCAUACAACGCUGAGGUCUCCAAGCGGCGUGCUGCUCAUGAGGAUGCCGAUCUGCAAGCUUUGGACAAUCUAGUUGCAGCCGGUGCUUCAGAGGAGGAGAUUGAACGGCUCAAGAACCUGCAGAACGCCCAUCGGGCUUCCUGGCCCUGUGAGAUCAAAUUUUCCUCUGGCAUGCGUGGAAAGCAGUAUCAGGCCGCAAAAUUCUGCGACACUUAUGGCUACAGCCUGUUCACUCAGGACAAGCCCACGAGACAUUUGCCCAGAGAGCAUCCUCACGUACAGCAUGUCAACGAUUUCAUUCUAAUGAACAUCCAGGAGGGGAAGGUCAACAGCAAGCUUGUCUGCAAUUUCGACCAAGUUUGGUCUUGCUUGUACGAGCCGAUGCGAAAGACAUUGUGGAAAAAGAAUGAGCAUGGCCAGAAGGAUAGCUUGUCCAAGUUUCCGGCUCGCCAGAAAAUUCGUGCUACUUUGCAGGAACAUUUCGGGCAAACGAUAAGUCUGCCCCUCGCUGAGCGGAACGCCAAGUGGAAGGUGCGGCUGGCCGACAUUGAGGGCUAUGGUGGAGCCAACACUGUGAACUAUUGGAGGUCGCCUCGCACGACGACCACAGUUUCGUGGAUCACCGGGGAGAUGGUCAAGUUCCUGGAUCUACUCACGACGGAACUCCGAAAGCAACGACGUGCCAUUGGUUGCUUGGACAACAGCGAGAGAGCAAUGGUGAUUUGCGACAAAUGCACCAGCCACCUCAGCCGCAGCUAUCUGGAUCUUCGCAAGCAGUGGGCCCAAGAGCAGAACGUAUUGCUAGUUGGGGCAGACCCAGACAGUGACGUUCAAAUUCCAGGUGGUUGGGGACUGUCUUCAUCACCGAAUGACGGAUGGCACGGUCACUGGCAUUUGCUGCGAUCGGCCUAUCUUCGAUGUGCGUUGAAGAUGCCCAUGAACCCAUUGCUUCAGCAGGAGGUGUCAGCGUAUGACAUUGGCCCAGGGGGCUUGCUUCCAUCCAUCUCUUGCCCUGUGGCAACCAGUAUUGCAGCUGAUGCUUUUGCCUUUCAAAAGUUGGGCGAACUGGCGAAGGGAAAGACGCUUUUGUGGGCAUGGAUGAGCCGUGGUUUUCUUUCCCCCAAGCUUGCAGCAGAAUGGCUUUUCAACGGAGAUGAAGAAGAAUUACAAGAGCACAUGCAACGUGUCAAGGGUUCUUAUCGGGAUCUGCUUGGCAUGAGAGACAUUCCUUCUCUCGACAAGAGUCAGGUCCGACAGGAGGUUGCGCAGGGUUCUGGAGGUCAGGUCCGACAGGAGGUUGCGCAGGCUUCUGUGGUAGGCCACACAGGUCAGGUCCGUCAGGAGGUUGCGCAGGGAUUUGGAGGUCAGGUCCGUCAAGAGGUUGCUCAGGCUGUGGUAGGUGCCUAUCGGCUGGCAUGGGAAAGGGCUGCCACGCCAUUGAAAGGUGAAUUAAUCCAUGCCUGGUACGUGAAGACUGAGUCCCCUGAACCUCUACAACUACCCCGAUACUUCAACGUACCGUUGGAGUUGGCUAUGUCGCAAUGGAUGGUUCUCAGGAAGAAGUGGGAUGGCACGCUAGCCAAGAGGGCGUCGGAAGGAAAAACUUUGACCCCUGCAUCUCAGAAGGCAUACCAAUCCUUCUUAGAUGCCCCAUACAGGAAAAUCGUGAUUGACACCAAGACCAAGACCUACAUUCCUCGACCGUCAAAUGCCACCGCUGCGACUUUGGAGAGUUGUCUGAUCACGGAACUGAAAAUGAGUCUUGACCCAUCUCACCUCUCCUUGCGAUUUGGCGAUGGACCAUUUUUUCACCUAUUUGUGCGACAAUUCGAAGUGACAGAUGGGGAGGCAACACGUGUUCCGCCACUGACGGAGGUUCUUCCAAAGGAUCUUUCAGCAUCUGUGGGUGUGGAUCCAGCCGAGGUGUCCGGGGAAGGGGAAGUUGAGAAAGAUCUCGCGGCCGAGUUUUCAGACCAGGAGGAUGAGUUUGGGGAAGGUAUCGGCGAGAAGUUCGACGAGAAGUUCGAUUGCCCAAAGGCCAAGUUUGCGAAGGGUGACUGUCACGAUCUUGACUAG